GCUGUCAGAAGGAUGAAUUGUCUCCUGGGCCUCUCUGUGCUGUUUGCUUGGCGCUUGUCCCCAGCUCACGGGAGCCUCUUGCAGCUGCACAACAUGAUCACGGAGGCGACAGGGAAAAACGCUUUGCUGCACUAUGCCUUCUAUGGCUGCUACUGCGGCCUGGGGGGCAAGGGGCAGCCCAAGGACGCCUCAGACAGGUGCUGCCAGCUACACGAUACCUGCUACCUCGGCCUCCUGAGCCACGACUGUGACGCCAAGAAGCAGAGCUACCACUACAAGGGGCACCACGGCAGCCCCUCCUGCAGAAAGGACUCCUGGUGUGCUCGGCUCUCCUGUGAGUGUGACCGCAGCCUGGCACUGUGCCUGAAGAGAAACGUCAGGAGCUACAGGAAACGCUACCAGUUCUAUCCCAAUUACCUGUGCAGGUGACAGGAGUCAAAAUUUGGAGCUCCCUGCAUUCCUGCCUGUACUGCUGU